CCCCAAAUCGCAUCACUUUCCUCGAAAUUUCCCUUCUCUUUAAUCUCCACUUCUCUUAUUUAACAUUUCCUUUCUCACCCACUUUCCUCUACCUCUUGUCAUCAAGAACAAAGCUCAUACCUUUCACUUUUCCUGUUUCUUUUUUCUUUUUUAACUUCAUCUUCUUAUACCUUUGAUACCCAGUUUCUGUUUUAUUUGUUUUGAUUAAUUUUGAAGUGAGUUUGUAUUCAAGAUGGAGAAUAAUCAGCAAUCAUUUCGGCAAUUCAGUGAUCAGCUUAGAGUACAGACUUCAAAUUUAGCAAAUCUGUCACUCAAUGACUCUAUAUGGAGCAAUUCUUAUGGAUCUAAAAGGCCGGACGAAAGGAGGAACUUUGAUAUAAGAGUUGGAGGGGAAGUUAAUAAUUCUGCUCCUACUUCUACUAAGCUAAAAGGGUCUGACUUGAAUGGACUGAAUGAUGAUUGGAAGACAGGAGCAGGUACUACUGUUGCUUCUCCUGAUUUGAAUGGGUUCAAUAAUUGGAAGAUGGGAUCUAAUGUUACUUCUUCUAAUUUGAAUGGAUUCAAUGAUAAUUGGAAGAUGGUAUCUAACGUUACUUCUUCUAAUUUGAACGGAUUCAAUGAUAAUUGGAAGAUGGGAUCUAACGUUACUUCUUCUGAUGUGAAUGGAUUCAAUGAUAAUUGGAAGAUGGGAUCUAAAAGUUAUGGACUUGGGCCAAUUGGACCUAUUAGUGGCGGUGGUGGUGGAUCUCAAAAACAUGUGGGGAUCAAUGGUGGAUUCAGUAAGGGGAUCUAUUCAAAGAAUAAUUAUAGUAUCAAUAACAAUAUCAAUGUUAAUUUGAAGGGUUAUAAGAACAAAGGAGAAGAUGAAUUUGGAGUCAAAACUAGCAAGAAGAACAAUAACAAGAAAAAUAGUGGCGGUGAUAACAACAAUAAUGAUGGUAAGGAUAACAGCAAGAGUGGUACAGAUAAAAGGUUUAAGACACUUCCACCAUCUGAAUCUCUUCCCAGGAAUGAAACUGUUGGUGGGUAUAUUUUUGUUUGCAACAAUGACACUAUGCAAGAAAAUCUCAAGAGGCAGCUUUUUGGUUUGCCUCCUCGUUACAGAGAUUCAGUGAGGGCAAUUACACCAGGACUGCCUCUUUUCCUCUAUAACUACUCCACUCACCAACUCCAUGGAAUCUUUGAGGCUGCAAGUUUUGGAGGAACAAACAUUGAUCCUACAGCCUGGGAAGACAAGAAAUGCCCUGGAGAAUCACGAUUCCCUGCUCAGGUGAGAGUUGUUACGAGGAAAAUUUGUGAACCACUUGAAGAGGACUCAUUCAGGCCAAUUCUCCACCACUAUGAUGGCCCUAAGUUCAGGCUUGAACUCAACAUUCCUGAGGUACUCUCUCUCCUGGACAUAUUUGAUGAACAAAACCCUUGAACAGUUUACUAUACAAAAAGACAUACAGAUAUACGUACAAGGUGAAAAGAAGAGUAUGAUACAGAAUAGAAGAUAAAAAAAACAGAGUUGUUUAGCUAUAAUAUAUUGAAAGCUUAAGGAGAGUCUGGAAGGAGGAAUUAUGGGAAUUAGAAGAAGGCUGUACAUAAAGAGCAGCCUAAUGUGAUGUAUGAUUUUCUUUUGUAUGAAUGGCUGUUAUGGUUCUUUUUGUUCUCUGGAAUGGCAUAAAUAAGUAAAACAAUGCUAAAAGAGAUGAACUUCUAUAUUUGUUAUAGUAUUUUAUAUAUACAGAGUAAUGGUUUUUGCAUCUGCAUGUAGUUACAUGGAGAACUGAAAAUAAAUGAAUCUUGAGGUUAAACUUGA